GCGCGUGGCGGAACUUCAAUUCAAUCAAAUCAAGCCGCGCGCAAGGAGCAGGUGAGCUGAGGCAAGUCGGUGGUGUUCGUUGCUGGCCGGUCAAUCCAUCGACCUGUCGUACACAGCACCGUGGGGGCCGCCACGUGUCGCCUUCUCCCGUAGAAGCAGCAACAGGUACCGAACAGGUAGAGCGAUGGCGGCCGCGGCGGCAACGACAAGGUUGAUGCGGGCGGUCGUCGCUGGGACGGCGGCAUCGGGAGUGGCGAGCGGAGCCAGCGGUGCCGGCGCCGCGGCCAGCAGCAGCUGCGCCGUCCGCAGCGCCGCUCAUUCUUGCGCCGCCUUCGCGCUGCAGUCGGCAGCCACGUCGGUUUCCACCUCCUCACCGUCUUCUUCCAUUCCUUCUGGGAGCACCAACGCAGCUCCCGGCGCGCGCCGCGCGCUCGCCAGCGCUCGGCGCAAUUCCGCGUCCUCGUCUGUCGCCGCGCGCGCAGCCGUGUCCGCCACCGAAGCAGCGCCCGAAACGACGAAGAAGCGCAGCGCGUACGCAAUUACCACGCUGACGAACUGGCUACUGCAGCAGGAAUUCGAAGACCAAAUUGACAACGAACUCACGGUUGUCCUCACCUCCAUAGCCGUCGCUUGCAAGCAGAUUGCAUCUCUGGUUCAGAGAGCCGGCAUAACCAACCUUACAGGCGUUCAAGGGGCCGUCAAUGUGCAAGGAGAAGACCAGAAGAAGCUGGACGUCGUAUCCAACGAGGUCUUCUCAAGCUGUUUAAGGUCGAGUGGACGCACCGGGAUUAUUGCCUCGGAAGAGGAAGAUGUACCUGUUGCUGUUGAGGAGAGCUACUCUGGCAACUACAUUGUGGUGUUUGACCCCCUGGACGGCUCUUCAAACAUUGAUGCCGCCGUGUCCACUGGGUCCAUCUUCGGCAUUUAUAGACCUCAGUCAGAGUGCAUUGUAUCAUAUGAUGAAGAUGAGCCUACAGAGCUGGAUAGUGAGGCUCAAAAUUGCGUCGUCGAAGUUUGUCAGCCUGGAACCAACCUGCUGGCCGCAGGAUAUUGUAUGUACUCGUCCUCCAUCAUCUUCGUCCUAAGUGUCGGCAACGGUGUGUAUGGGUUUACACUGGACCCUUCGCUUGGGGAGUUUGUGCUAACGCAUGACGGUAUCAAAGUUCCCCCGAAGGGACAGAUUUACUCCUUCAACGAGGGAAACUAUGAGAUGUGGGAUGACAAGCUGAAGACAUACAUUAGCGAUUUGAAGAAGCCAGGAGACAAUGGAAAGCCCUACUCCGCUCGCUACAUUGGAAGUUUGGUUGGCGAUUUUCACCGAACACUCCUGUACGGCGGCAUUUAUGGUUAUCCCCGCGAUGCAAAGAGCACAAACGGCAAACUGCGCCUGCUGUACGAAUGUGCGCCGAUGAGCUAUCUCGCUGAGCAAGCUGGAGGGAGGGGAUCGGACGGAUAUACCCGUGUGCUCGACAUCAUCCCAGAACAGGUACAUCAAAGGAUUCCGCUAUUCGUGGGGAGUGCAGAGGAGGUGGAGAAACUGGAAUCGUACUUGAAGCAAUAAACACCCUUCAUCAGAGAGAGAGUGGGGUGGUGGUCGGAUGCAACCCCUCGUGACUUCCCGUGUUUCCACUUCUCUUUACGUAUUUGUUCGUAUGUGAGGACAUAUCUAUCCCUAUCAAUCUGUGUAUGAUGUCAAGCAAGCAGGCGCGCGCGCGCGCGCGCGCGCGAGAGAGAGAGAGAGAGAGAGAGAGAGGGUAGGUGAUGAAAUCGAUGAGAGCAGGCAGGGCAGCAACUUCAAGUCUGGUUCACGAUCUGAGGCAUUAUAGAAAAGUGAAUUUCAAACUGACAUAAUGUGUACUAUUCUGUACUAUACGUUCUAGAAAAUGAGAAGCCUUCAACUUCACAUGCAAAAGUGUUUCCAAUAUUAUGACAAUAACAACAGGUUGUGUCAGACUUGUUCCUUGGCCGUUCGCGAGCUCGCCGUGUGGCGAUUACAGUCAGCCACCUGGAUCUCAGUACAAAUUCGGAGCUUGCGUCCUCAGGAUGUCUGCAGACUCUGCGCUCCUGUGACUGCAGGACUGCUCCUGCCCAUCCCUCGCACAAUCAAGCAAACUAUGGCUACUCUGAACGCAGAGUCCGCAGCAUAAUUUAUUGACAUUGGCAGAUCACUGUGAUUCAGAAUGCCCUACUCUGUAUUUUAAGUC